AUGCUGACAAAGGUCUACACCUGGGAGCGGCAUGGGAUCGAUAUCGAAUACGGAACUGAGGGAAAACUGUUCGAAACUCGCCGCUCAAAGGCACCUUUGAAUGUAUCGAAUGGCAGUUUUCCCGACCUGGUGUUCGCGGAUGAAUGCGUUCUAGACACCACAACGGAAGAUGACAUGCAGCGGAGUGUUGGCCUCAUCGCCUUCGGCUGCUCCAACUCCAGACUGACCAAUACGGGGGAGACAGUGGACGUACUCCAACCGGCAUCGAACGUGGAGUAG